CUGUCGAUUCACCUGAGCGGGACAAUAAAGCAUUAAACCAGGAAUUACCCUUAUCUUUUGGAAUGAAGGCACCGAUUUAACCUCACCGUGUCUCUUCUCACAAUGGACGAGGUGUUUUUUAAAUCUGCCUUACCUGUGCAGGAGUCCUUCGUGCUGGAUGACACCAGCCUGGCUCUGCCGACCGAGCCGAAUCCAAGAUCCUCGACGUGGGUGACUUCAAACGACCGGAGCCUCCGCGUUCACCAGCAGGUUCAGCUCACCUUGGCUCGGAAGGCGAAAAAAAGUGUGUCAAAUGGUGGUGUCCAUUUACAGAAAAACACAACAAAGAGCUUUGAUGCUGCAGACGGAUCUUUACCGAACAUGAAGGUUAAUGGGAACAGCUUCACCAACCAUGUGAGGAGGCCAUCCAGGAGAGUGGAAGUCUCUCCACCCUCGAGCCCAGCGAUACCCCGCAACCGCUUUGCAACCCACCGUUUUGCGACAUACACCCAUCCUGGGCCGGGUCAGUCACACAGAAUGGGCCCCAAGAUGGACUACACGCUUGGUCCUGAUUCAUUCCGUCGCUAUGCCUUCUCAGAGGCUCCCUGCAUGAGACGGCCGCCGGCGUCCAUAUCCACGCAAGGGAGCUUCCGCGGGAGGUCACUUAGACAGACCCCAGCUCCGCAGCCUGUGUUUGCAAAUGCAGCAUUCCAACAAAGUGGUGAUCAAGGCUCCCGCUGGAGUCAUACCCAAACUAUUGUCAAUCAGGGUAAACAAACAGUGAAGGGACAGAGCAGGAAUAUGAUGCUGGGUGCUAACCAGCCUGAUGAAGGACUCACCUGGCUAAGUCAGGUCAGGAGGGAUGGUCAGAGGCCCAACAGACUGAAUUCUUAUCCCCCAUCGGUCAUAAGCAUGGAGGUGGACAUGGGAAGGCAGACUGACGUAGAACCCCAUAUUCAACAGAUUCAAGCACAGAACAUCACAACACUGAAGUCAAAGAAGCCUCCAGAGAUGACAAUAGAGAGGGCUGUGAAGCUGUUGGAGGAGGGAAACGAGGAAACCCUCAUCUGUGCAGCCAGUUAUAUACAAAGUCAAUGUUUCAAAAGUGCAGAAGCAAAGAAGAUGGUGUUUUAUCUCCGCGGGAUCGGAAAGCUGCUGCAGCUACUUGGCAGUGACAACGAGGAGGUACAGUGUGUCGGCGCUGGAGCUCUGCGUAACGUUGUUUACCAGAGUGCUGAAAACAAGAUGGAGGUGAAGGAAAAUAACGGCCUGGCCACCAUUCUAAGAGCUUUGAAGACCAGCCGUGACGUUGAGACCAGACGAGAACUUACUGGUCUUUUGUGGAACCUCUCCUCUCAUGACCUUCUGAAGGAGCGUCUCUCCAGAGAGGCUUUAUCCAUCCUCACUCAAUCAGUCCUUGUGCCCAGUUCUGGCAUUUCUGAAGGCGAGAACCCAAAAGAUGAGCUCCUAGCUGAUGAAGAUGUUUUCCACAAUGCUACUGGCUGCCUGCGAAAUCUGAGCUCUGCUGGUCCAGACAGCAGGAAGGACAUGAGAGACUGUGAGAAUCUCAUCGACUCCCUGGUCUACUACGUCCGCGGGGCAAUAGCUGACUAUAAGACGGACGACAAGUCCACAGAGAACUGUGUCUGCAUUCUGCACAACCUGUCCUAUCAGAUGGAGGCGGAGCUUCCUAAGAAGUACACCAGAGAUCUCAGAGAAUCUCGACAAAACUUGGCUCCUCAGCCAAAGCCGGUCGGCUGCUUUGCUUACCGCAGUGCCAAGAUCACAGAGCAUCUGGAGAAACAGAGCCCCCUGCUGGAGGAGAAUGCAAACCCUCAUGGCAUAGAGUGGUUGUGGAGCACCAUCACCAUCAGGAUGUACCUGUCACUGAUCGCCCGAAGCGUGCGUCACCAGACACAGGAGGCCGCCAUCGGAGCUCUGCAGAACAUCACAGUGGGGAGUGGACCGGUAUCUGAAGCCAUCACUUUCACUAUCGUUCAGCGGGAAAAUGGCCUUCAACACAUCAAGAAGGUGUUAGAGGAAGGAGAGAGUGACGUGAAGAGAACAGCCAUAUCUUUAAUACAAAACCUGUCGCGCUACCAGGAGCUACAUCCUGACAUCGUGAAUCAGGUGUUGCCAGAGGUGGUGCGGAUGCUGCCCCACGAUGACACAGAUAUUGACCUGCCUUCAGAGUGUACAAUGUCCCUGUUGCACAUCCUGAUCAACCUGAGUCAGAGCAACACUCAGCACGUCAGAGCCAUCGUCAAUCAGGGAGCCCUCCCAAGGAUCAUUGCCAUCAGCAGCAAAGACAAUGGUUUUGGACCAAGCAGAGCAGGACAGGCAGCAUGCGUCCUGCUGCACACCAUGUGGAAACACACUGAUCUCCAUGGAGCCUACAAGAAGUGUGGAUUCAGAAAAACUGACUUCAUCAACCAAAGGACAACUAAGGCUGUGAACUCCAGAUGAGACUGAGGAUCAGAUCAAGAUAUCCAGAGCAAAGAUUGUACUUUUAAACAGUAAUCACCAAAUUAUUCAAUGCACUGCAACUCAUCAUGGACCAUUUUUUUAAUGUCACAAUAAAAGGUGAUUUCUGCUGAAGGCUGAAGCAGACAUGCACACAGAUAUUUUAGUUAUUUCUCUCCCUGUCAGGGCGUACACAGGUUUGUAGCAGCUGGCAGUGGGAUAUUUUCGGCGUCCUUCUUAGUUGAUGUGUGUUGUAGUUUGAGAAUUUGUAUUGCUGCAUUGUGUUGUUUUUUAUCUUUGGAAUGAGAAAUCUCCAGUCUUCACACCAAAUUUACCUUUGCAGAAGUCUUUCUAGUAAAGAAACUUUUAAUGUCUAACCUUACUCCUAACUCAAAGUAGAAUCACUGGGAAAAAGUGGCCCCCAAGAAAUAGAGACAAAACAAGAUCUUUAGAAAAUGACUGGAAUUUACUCAGAAUGAAAUGAAGAGAAAAAAUAAAAUGUUUUCAUGUCUGCUUGGUGCUUCUAUUGAAAGAAAAAUGAGUUUUAGUUUUUCAUAAAUGCAUGUAAAUUAUUGUUUAAAAAAUUUGCUACAUUUCCCACAGGAAUCCCCAGAAAUUGCUUUUAAAAUUGCAGUUAUUUAUAAUAAUAUAUUAUGUGUGAAUUUAAGCUUGGACGUCCAGUUUUUCUCUUAAAAGACAUACAAUUUGAGCACCGUUAACAUGUAACAUACAUGUAAGACAUGACAGAACAUCACAUUUGUAUUUUACAGGACUUAAAGCACUUUUAAGUUUUAUUGACAUCAAUCCUGUUGGUCCUGGUGAGAAAAUAUGUUGUAGAGGCAGCUUAACUGUUUACUUUCUCUUGUGUUUUGUUGAUGUAGUUGAAAAAAGAACCACAAUGGAAAAACAAGCUGAUCUCAUG